CUUCCUUCAGCUCUUAACAGUUGUCAUUCAACAGUAAAACAAUUUUCGUAGACUUUCUUAUCUUAAUCACAAGUUUUUGAUAAUAGACAUCAGUGACACUCUUGAGUGAAAACGCAGCUGAUAGCAGCUAUAAUCAGGCUUUGUUCUUAUUAGCACCAAUUCAGAAAUUAUUCAGAAAAAACUUAGUUGGAUUCAGUGAGCCUUAAAAGUGUGUGUGAGUAAUGAGUCGUACUGUGUAUUGAGUGAAUAGUGGGUAAAAUUAUUAGUGUAUAAUUAUUGUGAGUGAAAUCGGGUGUGUAGGGCAUGUUUCAGUGUUACAAGAAGGAUAACAUAUCGUCAAUUUUAAUCAUUGUGUCCGAAAGCAAGAGACCAUCAUCAGUGAGAUGAGCACUAGUAGAACUACCUCAACCAAAAAUCUAUCAAUUAUUAUUCCAAAUGAUUUGUGCUCCAAGAUCGCAACCAAGGGCUUAUGAAAAUGGUGCUGGUGUAUCAGUGAAACCUAGUAGUAUGGCGGCCGUUACAGAGAACCGCGCGGUUUCACCCGCCACAGAGAACCGCACAGUUUUAAGCCCUGACGCGGUUUCAGACACGCCCGAGAAUCGCGAUGAGUUGACGCGUUUGAACCUGAACGCGCCGCGUCCCAACCACCCAUGGCGAUUGUCGCGUGUUCUGCCGCGUCGCCGCAUCUCAACCGGCACCCAACCCAACGUGCAAGCGCUGACCACGGCAAGCGGACAGACCACCACCGCCACUGGGACGCGACCGCGCCGGCCUGAACGCAAGUCGGUCUGUGUGCCGCAGAUUUUGGGCAGUUUACAGGGAGGAGAUCAGCUGAAGAAACUUCGUCUAAGGGUCAUAUCUGGUCAUCAUCUUGCAAAGAAAGACAUAUUCGGUGCUAGCGAUCCGUAUGUCAGGGUUGAUUUGAUGACAACCGAUUCAAUAUUUGUGGAUUCAGUGCUUACGAAGACUAAGAAAAGAACUUUGAACCCCAAAUGGAAUGAAGAGUUCAUCUUCUGGGUGAAACCAGACGUGCAUAAAUUAGUUCUACAGGUUUUUGAUGAAAACCGUCUGACCAGAGAUGAUUUUCUAGGGAUGGUUGAGCUGACACUCAUCAAUCUGCCGAAAGAAGCCGAUGGCCGUGAUGUACAGAACAAACAGUACAUUUUGAGACCUCGCAGCAGUGGGAGAUCGCGCGUCAAGGGCAACCUAGAGCUGUACCAUGCCUACGUGAAGGAGGACAAUGACGUCACCACCAAUGGUGGAGCAGUGGGAGGAGGGGUGGAUGAGGAGAGGAGUGGAGGAGGGGGUAGGAGGGACAGCGACUCUGGCUGGGACGGAGUCAUCGUCGACCACCCUUCGCGGCCAUCUGUCGAGUCACCUGCCCAGUUUUUUGAUGCAUUGCCAUCACUUGAUACGUUCAAUGACGGAGGUAACGAUGACUCGGAUUGGGUGGAAGUGGAACAUCCGUUCGGUGUGGAGUAUUGUGCUCAUGCGGUGUACGUGCCUGGUUCGGAUGCGCUGCCCCAGGGCUGGGAGGAGAGGCAGGACGCCAACGGCCGCACCUACUAUGUCAACCACUUGGCUCGCACCACCCAAUGGGAGAGACCCACUCUCAACAAUGAAGUGGCGAAUAAUGCUAGGAAUACACAGAAUUUGGACAACGCGGUGACGGAAUUCCAGAGGAGGUUUCACAUUAGCUCCGACGAGGAGGCUCACAGACGAACCAGUGUCACGUCCAAUUUAAGUCAAGUUAGUGAAGCAGUAGAUGGACCUACUCGGCCUGAGGCUGUUAGUACUGACUCGGACCAACACGCCACAUCAACAACCUCGACAACAACAGCUCCUUCGGCAACAACUGGCACCACCACCACAACAACAACAUCAACAACCAAUCCUGCGACAACAACGACAACAACACCGACAGUCGGUGGCGGACAGUCUGCAGACGGUCUGCCGGCUGGCUGGUCGCUGCAGGUAGCGCCCAAUGGCAGGGUCUUCUUCAUCGAUCACAACACCAAGGCCACAACCUGGGUCGACCCCAGGACAGGUCGAGCAAGCCCGAUGCCGAACCAGGCGCAGGCGCCGUUGGCUGCCCGCAAGGUAGCCGGCAGCGAGGACGAAUUGGGGCCGCUGCCGGAGGGCUGGGAGGAGAGGGUGCACAGUGACGGACGCAUAUUCUUCAUCGAUCACAAUACGCGAACAACGCAAUGGGAAGAUCCUAGGCUAUCGAAUCCACAAAUAGCUGGACCGGCUGUUCCAUAUUCUAGAGAUUACAAACGAAAAUACGAGUAUCUGAAGUCUCAGCUUAGAAAGCCCAACAACGUGCCCAACAAGUUCGAGAUCAAAGUGAGCCGGCAGACGAUCCUAGAGGACUCGUAUCGGAUCAUCAACAAUGCACAGCGCACCGACCUGCUCAAGACGAAGCUGUGGGUGGAGUUCGAGGGCGAACUUGGCCUCGACUAUGGCGGCCUCGCCAGAGAGUGGUUCUUCCUCCUCUCCAAGGAGAUGUUCAACCCCUACUACGGCCUUUUCGAGUAUAGUGCCAUGGACAACUACACAUUACAAAUUAAUCCGAUCUCGGGACUGUGCAAUGAGGAGCAUUUGAACUAUUUCAAAUUCAUCGGACGAAUAGCUGGUAUGGCAGUUUAUCAUGGAAAACUAUUAGAUGCGUUCUUCAUCCGUCCAUUCUACAAAAUGAUGCUGAACAAACCGAUCGAGCUGAAAGACAUGGAGAGUGUGGACUCUGAGUACUACAACUCGCUGCUCUGGAUCAAGGAGAACAACCCCUCUGAGCUGGAGCUCACCUUCGCCUUGGACGAAGACAGUCUAGGGCGGACUAGUCAGCGCGACCUCAAACCUGACGGAGCCAACAUUCAGGUCACCGACGAAAAUAAGGACGAGUAUAUCAGACUAGUAAUAGAAUGGCGGUUCGUGUCGCGAGUGCAGGAGCAGAUGAACGCGUUCCUGGAGGGAUUCAGCGCACUGGUGCCUCUCAACCUCAUCAAGAUAUUCGACGAACACGAGUUGGAGUUGCUGAUGUGUGGCAUUCAGAACAUUGACGUCAAGGACUGGAAGCAGAACACCCUCUACAAGGGCGACUAUCACGCCAACCAUGCUGUCAUUCAGUGGUUCUGGAGGGUUCUGUUGUCGUUCAACAACGAGAUGCGUUCGCGGCUGCUGCAGUUCGUGACGGGAACAUCGCGAGUGCCCAUGAACGGAUUUAAGGAGUUGUACGGCAGCAAUGGGCCUCAGAUGUUCACCAUUGAGAAGUGGGGCACACCCGACAACUACCCCAGAGCUCAUACAUGUUUUAACCGAUUGGACCUUCCGCCGUACGAGAGUUACCAGCAGUUGAAGGAGAAGCUUAUCAAGGCCAUUGAGGGAUCACAAGGCUUUGCAGGGGUUGAUUGAGAUUUCCUUGAUUACACACGAAGAAUUCCAUUGAUAAAUACCAUCACCCGGCUCUUCCACAUGGCUUGAAAUAUUUCACCAAGUUCCAUACUAUAGCAAGUCCAGCUAAUUGCAUUAGUACUUAUAAAAUGUAAUAGAUUUUCCAUAUCUUGCAUAUUAAACCGCUCACUUCUUGAAAAGACACCUACAUCUACGAUAUUAUUGAAAUAAUAUGAUAUUUUAUGAAAUAAUAAUCAUACUUUCUAACAUCAUUCCCUAGAAGUAUUUUAUUUUUAAGUUGUGAACAAUAGUUCAGUCUAGUUUUCUUUUCGUAUUGUGCUUUCUGUAUAAUGUGUAUAUUGUUUUAUUCUAUGAAAUGGAAUAUGUGAUAUAACUGAAAAACGUAGCACUAUAUAUAAAUAUAUUUAUUAAUCAUUGGGUAUGUAGUUUGUAAAAAUUUUAUCGCCAGAUUAUAGAACUAUAUAAUAUAUUUUAUUUUAUAUGUGUCAAAAAAUUUCAAGUGCCUGUAAAAUAUAUAAUUUUAUUGUAAGGAUCUGUUGUUUUGAAGGAAGAAGAAUAAAAAGAAGAAGUAGUGUCUCAAAGUCCAGUCAAAAUAAAUAUUGUUAUACAUUCUGAAACAUAGGCUGAUAUAUCAUGAAAAAAUCCCAAAAUAUUCGAACUUUUUGUGAUAAAAUUGUUAAUCGAAUAAUGUCCUCUAGAUUUUUAAAAUUUCUAAAAUUAAUACUUGGUAGUUUUAUGCUAUCUCGGUAGAAAAUUGAUGAGAUACAUUAUACAUUUGAAACUCCACAUACGAAAAUAAUAAUCUGGUUUAUAAAUUUCAAUUAAUUAUGUGAAUUAGAAUCUAAAUACUAUAGUACUCAUUAUUAUUCAACGAAAAUCCCAAAUAAAUGCUGCAAAUCACCCCGAAGACCUCUGCUA